AUGCGUCAAAUUCGUUCAACGAUGCAGUCAUUAGAAAGAUUAAAUGCUAAUCAACUUAUGCCAAUAGAAUGCAAUAUGGCUAUUGCAGAUAAUCAUGAACCGUUACAAUGUAAUUCGUCAAUCAUGCCAUCCGGUGAUUUAAAUGAUGAUUCUGGAACUGAGAAUGAAAAUAGCCUGGAGCAAUUUUCUCAAAAAGAUGAACGAUAUUUGAUGCCGAACAAAUCUCAAGUUCUUUUUUAUUUAUCAGAUGCGAGCCAAUUACGAAUACGAAGAACCGGAAUGGAGUUUCAGGCAUUUUUACCAUUUUGCUAUUCAAUCGACUUUCCACUGUUUGAUAUAUGGUUCGAACCGGAUUGCUCAAAAUCUAAUUGGGUGUUAGAAUCGUAUGGUAAGACGGUGCUUUUAAUAUCCGAAAAUAUAGGUUAUGGCUGUUUUUUUUGGAAGAAGCCGGAGCCACCAAUAAUAGAAUUGACAGAUUGGAAUGGCGAUUUGUUUGGAUAUUUUGUUCCUGGUGAUCCAUUCUUACUCGAAGACAGUGAUAAGAAAACAAUAGCUAAAUUGAUUGCAGUCGAAAAAAAUGAAAGGAACACUGUUUGGAUAUGCAUCUUAGAAGGUUCAGGGCGAGAGGUCGCACGACUCGAAGAUUUUAUGACAAUAAAUUUCGUAAAAGAGGCUGGCGGGUUCCAAAUAAAAUUGUUGACACUUGCUGCCUUUGCUCGUAUUGUCGCUUCACAAAGUCCUCCUUCGCGUUCUUGCUUUUGUUCAUUUCUAUUUUCUCUUUUCCAGUGUUGA